AUGUUACUUUGCCUUUGCGCGGUGUAGGUGCGUGUGUAUGGACUGUGAAUUGUGCAUGUUGGUAGAGAUCUCUCAAGGUUUCGUUUGCAAACGGAGGUGUAUCGACAUUGCGUUUGGAUAUUUAACUACCUCAGAUGGACAUUAGGGAAUAAAUCAAUCGUUUGUUUGAUACCGUUUUAUGAUAUAACUUACCUAUAUUAACGUUGGUUAACGUUAUUUGCUCACUGCCUGCUAAUUUCAGUUGUAACAUUACGUCGUGAACUGGAAAGGUAGCUCGCUGGCUGGCUGUGACAACGAUGUCAUAACAGUGAGUUAAACCUUGAGGACUGCAUAAUUGGAGAUGAAGCAUCGAGCUCAGGCGAAAAAGCGACUAUGUUAUGUAACGUUAGAAGGACAGACAAUCAGGCAAAUUUCAGAGAUAGAAGGUAAAAGUAACAAGCUGGACUUGGAGGAUAGCUAACAUUAGCUAGCGGAAACGAUUCCCAUAAUUUUAUAUCAGAAUUUCUCAGACGUUAAGCAGCUGAUUUGAAACAACCUUAACUACUGCUAGUUCUCGCAACGAAAUGCUGAAUUCGCAUGGUCGCUUGGAAAAAUGAUGUAGUUGUAUCAAUAUUAUGUUACAGUAACAGUAUAUUACCACUCCAACCGUGUAGGUUUCUAGAUAACGCUAAGGUUGGCUACAUUUGUUGUCUCCUGGACCUAAGUUAACGUUUGAUAGCUUACUGUUUCUUAACGUUAUUGAAAUUGGCAGAAAAGUUCAGCGGAAAUGCUUGUUAGAAAAAUAAUUAGGAGAUGAAGCUGUGUAAAAUUAAUUGCUUGCUAACGGAUUAGCUAGAUUGUUGCGUUUAAGUUAGAACCAGCCUGACAUCAUUGCAAUCCUCCGGGUCAAGGCACCCAACCCGAGAAGGCUUUGUCGUGGGUGGAUCAUAGCUUUCCCCAAAUCAAAGAAACCAAUAUUACUCAUUCACAGUUAGGAGCCAUGGUCACGAUAUAGCUUUAACCAGCGACCAUACACUAUAAGGGGAAAAAACUGAUGUUCCUCAGCAAAAUGACUUUCAACCAGUCCAGUUUGUUUGGGCAAAUUGACGAUCUACAGGACCUCGCAAUCAUCGAAAGACCAAUACGAAGGAGUUUGAAGACUGCGGAGGAGAUUGAGAAGCUGACGGUGGAUGAGGAUCUGAAUGACAUUGAGAGAGCGGUCUAUCUCCUCAGCUCGGGUCAGGAUGUACAGCGGGCCAGUGUGGUCGUCAACCUGCCCAACCUGGUACGGCAGAAUCCAGCCGAAACCUUCCGGAGGGUCGUGCCAAAAGUCAGGGAAGUGCUGCACGUUGCCGGGGUGGAGAUGCAGCUCGCUGCUGCUGGCUCCUUCCUCACCAUCCUCCAGGAUGACAUCAUUCUCAUCCAGACACACACCCACUCCAUCCUGCAGAUUGUGCUCCUCAAUCUGGAUCACAGGGAUGCAGUGGUCAGCAAUGCGUGGCUGGAAACAUUACUAUCAGCAAUCGAUGCUUUACCAAAGGAAACUAUCAGGCAAGAGAUCCUGAACCCGCUGGUGUCCAAAGCUCAGCUGUCCCAGUCUGUGCAGGCCCGUCUGGCCAGCUGUCGGAUCCUGGGGAAGGUGGCCGGCAAGUUUGAGUCUCAGAUAGUGAAGAAGGACUUGCUGCCUCUGGUCAGGUCGCUGUGUCAGGAUGUGGAGUACGAGGUGCGCUCCUGCAUGUGUCACCAGCUGGAGAACAUCGCCAGGGGAAUCGGUGUGGACCACACCAAGGCGGUGGUCUUGCCCGAGCUGGUGGAGCUGGCCCGGGAUGAGGGGAGCACCGUGCGGCUAGCUGCCUUCGACACCAUCGUGAACUUACUGGAGAUGUUUGACAACGAUGACCGGACUCGUGUUAUAUUUCCUCUAGUGAAGGCAUUCUGUGAAAAAUGUUUCAAAGCUGAUGAAGCAGUCCUGGCCUCUCUGUCGUUUCAGUAUGGAAGGCUGUGUCAUGGCCUCUCAGGGAGCUUCACAGAGGAGCAGCACCUGUGGUUCCUUGAGUUCUAUAAGAAGCUGUGCAUUCUGGGCCUUCACCUGGAGAACGGACACUGUGAGAGCCAGGCGUACCCACUUGAGCUGGAGAGGAAGUACGAGCUGGUGCGCAAGAACUGUGCCUACAACUUCCCCGCCAUGGUGUUAUUCGCGGACCCUAAAUGCUUCCUGUCGGAGCUUUACCCCACUUUCUCCAGCCUGUGUAACGAUCCAGAAAUUUCCGUCCGGCGCACAGUGGCUGCUGGCUUCCAUGAAGUUGUUAAACUGUUGGGCCCCAAUGUGCAUUACAUUCACAAGGAGCUGGUGGCUUUGCUGCAGGACGACUCCCUGGAGGUGCUGGACGCUUUGACGAACACGCUGCAGGAGACUCUGGAGCUGGCCACGUCGAGAGGAGAGGGCGCUGGGACCGAGAGCAAGCAGGUGAGCGUGCCGGAGCUGAUACCGGCUCUGGCAGCUGCUGAGCAGAAGAUGGCCGCCUCGCUGCGCUGGCGGGUCCACGAGAAGCUGCUACAGAGGUACUCCUGCCUGCCUCGCAUCAUCUCCGGGGAUCAGAUCUACUUCCGCUUCCUGCAGCGAAUGUUCACCAUCAUCACCACCAACAACGCCCUCCCUGUCCAGAGGGAGGCGACCAGGACACUGUGCGUCUUUCUGCGCUACAACCGCAAGCUGGAGCAGCGGCAGGAGAUCAUCAGCAAAGUGGUGGACCAGCUGGCCCAAGGCAGGAGUUACUGGAACAGGCUGCGGUACCUGGACCUCUGUGAGAUCGCCAUGGAGCUCUUCUCAAAGUCCUACUUCUGUAAGAACUUCCUGGUCCCUGCCCUGGAGCUGGUCAACGACCCCGUAGCCAACGUCAGGUAUAAGCUGUGCUGCCUGUUGCCCAGGCUGAAGUCCACCAUCAGACUGCCCACAGAGAAGCCCAUGCUGCAGCAGCUGGAGUUCUGCGUGCGCAGGCUGCUCUGCAGGGAGAAGGACAAGGACGUGGUGGCCACCAUCCGCAAGAUAGUGUUGGAAUUGGAUAAAAUCGACAUGACGGAGCCAUAUCACAAGAGGCACGAGAGGGACCUGCUGGACCAGAAGAAGGAGAAGGAGGAGAACCUGCUUCUGGAGAUGGAACAGUUGGAAAGGCAACAAAGUGAAGGAAAGCUCACAACGGACAAACAUUCGGAAAAGAAACGCAGGGACAGUAAGGCUGGGUUGUCUGUACCCAAAAACAUGUCAGGAUCCACAUCAGGAGCUACUCUGUCCUCCUCGGCUGGCAAAGAGAUGAAGAAGGCCAAACUGGCACGGAGCCGAUCCCUCAGCAGCCACCCCACAACACCCAAGAUGGUCAAUUCAGACAAGCCAUCAAAAGGGAAGGAGACAGAUGGUUGUCCGGCACCACGAAGAGCCAGCCUGCAUCCCGUCAGCGACGAGAGUUUGCGGUCACACCACUUCAGCACCACAUCCACGGCCAUGUCCACCACACCUUCGGCCUCCAUGCCCGUCCUGAUCCGCAGCAACACCACCAACACCCUGGACCACCGGAGCAACGGAGGCAAGGACACGCAGUCCAGAAAGCUCUCGAUACAGAGGAAGUCGAACUCGUUUGGGAUGCAGUCCGGCAGGGAGUGAUGAGGGGGAGGUGAGAGGGUCGCCAUCCCGGGAAGAGGAGCUUCACAGGGGAGGCUGUUUCCAACGCACUCCAACCCCAAAAAAGCUCCUCAAUCUGCUUAAAGUUGUCAAAAGUAUGUAUUUUCCUGCUUAUGAUGAAUUAAAAAAUGCAGUAUUCCUCACAUUGGCUUUUUGGGAAUUUCGGGAUCCUUCUGUCCCGUCAACGAUCGACCCAUCUCUGCCUUACUCCACAAUACUUGUACCAUUUGUGAAAAUUACAUUUGGAACAGAUUAGUUGUACAGUAGCUAUGUAUUUUAUUUUGUUUAUUUUUUGUAAUAUAGCAUGUGUUGCAAAUUUUAACUUUUUUUGAUUUCCGGCUCAACGAAGAUGUAGUAGAUAUUUUUUAUGAACAUUAUCGUUCAGAAUCACGUAUCUUGAAAUCUGUGAUCCCAUUAAUAAAAAUGUGCCUGGUGUGCCAGCACCUGAGUAAUUCUCGCCAACAUUGAGCAUCUUAUUAGUAAGACCUGUGUUAAAUAUUUGUCAUGUUUUAAUGGACACCGAUUAAACAUACCCCUUUUUUUACA